AUGAGAUGGGGGAGGAAAAAUCCAUCCGUUACCAUGCCUGGAAGGUCUUCACUGCUUUCGCCGGUCGGUAACGAAGAUCUACAAGUUGGUUCAAAGGUAGAAGUGCUUCCUGGGUUUGAAGGGCCUCUUCCUUUUGAACUGGAAACAGGCAACAACAGGUAUGUAGGAUUGGGAGAAACAGAUGAUGACAUGCAAGUGUUUUACUUCUUUAUCAAGUCAGAGAAUGACCCUGCAAAAGACCCUCUUAUUCUUUGGCUUACUGGAGGUCCUGGUUGCUCUUCAAUAUCUGCUCUUGUCCUUCAAAUAGGUCCACUUGCAUUUAAGAUUGAAGAGUAUAAUGGGAGCUUGCCAAAUUUGAUCUUGAAGCCACAGUCCUGGACAAAGGCAUCUAGCAUUAUUUUCGUAGAUUUGCCCUUAGGAUCUGGUUUCUCAUAUGCCAAAAAUGUCACCGCUCACAGGAGUGACUGGAAAUUAGUUCACCAUACCCAUCAAUUUCUUAGGAAGUGGCUGAUCGAUCACCCAGAUUUUAUUUCCAAUGAAUUUUACAUGGGAGGUGAUUCAUAUUCUGGCAUACCUUCCCCUGCCAUUGUUCAAGAAAUUUCAAAGGGUAUUCAUUGGAGAAAAAUUGUAAAGGAGAAUUUGUAUCUCAAGAUUCUAGAAGUGAAUCGUGCACAAGUGAUCUCAAUUACUAUCAAGAGGCAAUGUCUUUCAAGAAUUGAUACAUACUACAUUUUGGAUAGCUAUUUUUGCAAAGAAGACACUCUUAAGAAGAAUGGAGAUAUGUGGAGGAGAUCUCUGACCCAAAAAUUUGAGUCAUCUCUUAAUUAUCAACUUGUACCUGACAAAAGAUGCAAAACAUAUACUUUUUUUCUUUUAACUCAAUGGGCCAACGAUGAGAGUGUUCGCAAAGCACUACACCUUCGAGAGGGAACUACAGGCAGGUGGCAACGAUGUAAUUCCCAUGGUUAUGAGUAUGAAAUUUCUAGUAGCUUCGAGUUUCAUGUUAAUCUUAGUGCUAAAGGAUAUCGUUCUUUAAUAUAUAGUGGGGACCAUGAUGCUGCUGUUUCUUUCAUGUCGACUCAAGCAUGGAUCAGAGCUCUAAACUACUCCAUUGUAGACGAUUGGAGGCCAUGGCUUCUAGAAGGACAAGUUGCAGGAUACACAAGGACAUACUCUAAUCAAAUGACAUUUGCAACUGUAAAGGGUUCAGGACACACCGCUUCUGUAUUCAAGCCUGAUGAAUGUUUAGCCAUGUUUACUAGGUGGAUAACUAAUAAGUCUUUGUAA